AUGGCCUUUUCUACUUCAACACGCAAACAAAAGAAUAUAUCUGUUUGUCAAUUCUGUGAGGAGUCUAUUUGCAUUAAAUGGAAGUGUAUAAACUGUGACUUGUUCUUAUGUGAACUGUGUAAUUCACGAAUUCAUUCGAAAAGUAAAUCGUCCAAGGACCAUAAAGUUAUUGAACGGAAGGACUUUGAAAGUGAAAAGGCCCUAGAAACCACCCGACAAGUCGACUUAACAAGAAUGGCUUGUACACAACAUAACGACGAAACGUGUUUAUUGUACUGUAAUAACUGUGACAGGCCAGUGUGUUCUGAGUGCUUGAUUGGAGAUCACCAAAACCAUAAAUACAGUAGACUGGACAUAGUUUAUGAGAGAAAGCUCAAAGUCAUUAGGGAUGUAAAAUGCAAAAUUGAAUCAGAAAUUCAUGAUUGUAAGAAACAAGGAUCGAACAUGCAACACAUAUUGUCCGAAGAGAAUAAACAAUUGGCAGAAAAUAAGGAUACAAUUAUAGAAUUCAAAGAUAAAAUUAUACGCCAUGCUGAUAAACUUUUAUCAGAGUUGGAUAAAUUAAGAAAACCAAGUGAGGAUCUCGUUAAAAAAGAGUUAGAUUCUGUGAGACAAAGAAAAAAUGGACUAGAGAAGAGGAAGAACCAUCUAGAUGAAACACUGUGUUCCCUGUCCGCCGCGCAUAUUUUUGGUACCAGUAGAUCGAUAGAUAAAACAAUUCCAGAUAAAACUGUUACAUACGUAAAGGUGAAACAAGUACAAUUCGUACCAGGAAAUUUUUUUAAUCAUCCUAUCGAUGAUUUAUUCGGGUCUGUUAAUGAAGUGCAAACAUUGAAAUAG